GUGGGUUCGUGUAUGGAGACUCCGCAGGCAGUAGUAGGACGAUAGAACUUACUCCCUGCGAUCUUGACUUCCUCAACGACACAUCCUCCACCUUCAAAACGCCCCAUACCAGGAAGUUCAACCGUGCACGACCUCUAACAGGCACCCCUUUCCAUACAGUCAAACAAUAUACACACACCACCCUGACCUUAUCUCGAAAAUUCUAAUGGCACCACCUAAUCGCCCAUCCGUGACCUACGGUACAGUUUUGAUCGUAGGUGGUUGUGGCUUUUUGGGUUCACGACUAGUUGAUCAACUCCUCAACUUCCCAUCCGAAGACGAUGCGACCUACCUAACGAUAGCUUCCGACGGCGAGAUCGAAUCGCCAAAGUCCAAAGCCCAACUCCUUCGAACCACAUUCCCCAGUCUACGCUCCCGAUUUCCUACCACCUCCACCUCCACAAAAGUCCACGCUCUCGACCUCCAUUGUACCCGCAAUCUCUUCCCCAAUUGCACCUACCACGAUGCAGACAUCACCUCCCCAUCUGCGCUCCUGGAAGUCUUUAGAAAAGUGAAGCCAGAUGUUGUGAUCAACACCGCCUCACCCUCGUGGGAGGCUCCCCAUGAAAUCCUCCGCAAGGUCAAUAUCGAGGGCACGCGCACACUACUGGAGGUCGCUGGAGGAAAGCACGGCGACUGGGGAGCCAGGUGCAAAGUGUUUGUCCACACGAGCAGCGCCAGCGUUAUACACGAUGGCGAAUCUGACCUUAUCAAUGCCGACGAAAGUUACCCUUACGUGUGUCCUAACCCAAGAGAGUACUAUUCCGAGACCAAAGUUCACGCCGAGCAAAUUGUCUUGGAAGCCAACGAUAAGCCCGAGUAUGGCCAUAUGUUGACCUGCGCUGUGCGACCCGCAGGAAUCGUUGGUGAAGGUGACCUCGCUGGAUUCACCGGUGGGAUAUUAAAGACAGCCAGUGUCGCUCCUGCAUGGCAGCUCCACGUGCAACUAGGUGCAAACAACAACCUCUUCGACAAUACAUACGUCCACAACGUCGUCUACGGUUUACUAUGUGCGACUCAAGCCCUCCUGGUGACUGUCCAGCGCAGAUUGGAUGGAAAGGCCGUUAUCUUGGAGCAUGAGAAAGUCGAUGGCGAGGCCUUCAACGUGACCAACAAUUCUCCCGCAUACUUCUGGGAUUCCUCGAGGUAUCUCUGGACUCGCUACGGUCGUACCGUCAACAUUGAUAAGGUCUGGCAAGUUCCCACAGAGUUGGCCCAGUUUGUCGGCGCCGCUGCUGAGACCUUCAAUUGGCUCACCGGCCGCCAGGGCAAAUUGAACCGCCAAACUGUCAAGUAUGCUUGCAUCAACCGAUAUUACAGCUGCACAAAACUUCAGCGGCGGACUGGAUACAAGCCCCUUGUUCCCAUCGAUGAGGGAUUCGCUAGGUCGGUUUUAUGGUAUAGAGAGAACGAGGCGAAGGAAGCAAAAUUAGCAUCGGAGAAAAAAGGACAGUAAGAUGGAGAGUGGUAGCUCGUCCCAUUUUGAUUUGGUGGUUGUGUUAGGAAGAUUAUGAGCAAAAGUCAACAGGUAAUCAUCAAGAUGUACACACAUAAGACAGUAAAUUGCUGGCAUGCGGCAUGAUGAUCAAAAUGGGCUCCUCGCGCUCCAUCUUCGGAGGCACUUACGCACAACUAGAGCGACAUUGGAGUUGCUGUCAUUAUUGCAAGAAAUAAUGAAUAAUGGAUAUAGGAUGGCGGUCACGGCAAGACACUGCGCUAAAUAGACAAAUACGACCACAUGCUUACCUGACUAGGAAUGUUCUCGCACA